AUGUCACAAAACCAUUCAAGUGCCAAGUUACGUUUACAAAAGCUCGCACAUAUUUGCAUUCUUCUCGUUCUCAAUCACAAGUAUCCAUUGGGUCUUCAAUCGGAAUAUCUUUUCAUUUACAUUUUUGACUUACCUUUCAUCAGAAGAGAUGAAAAAGUAACUCAUCAAUUGAAAGAACUCAUUCCGAAUGAAGAGGCUUUGCCGCACUUGAUUCAAGAAUUUGAAAAACCACAACAGCAACAAUUCAUUCAUUCCGAACGAAAUGAAGAAGAUUUAGAUUUUAAAUUAAAAACUCCUCUCGAAAAAGGAAUUUCCAUUCCGCAACAUGUUGUCAAAACUCGGGAUGGAAAUAUCAAGUUUUUCAAACACGUGUUGGGAUGUUCCUCGUUGAGUGCUUUUGAAAUUGCCUCCAUGAUGGUGAGUUAUCCAUUGGAAGAGGCUACACAACGAGUGGCAAGUUAUUUCAAUCCAAAGAAUAAGAUGAAGAAGGCAGAUCAUUUCUCUGAAUGUGUGGAAAAACAUUGUGAAAAUCAAUGUGACCAGUUGAAUCAUUCAGAGGAAUUAAUAAUUUCAAAGAGUGACCAAUCGCAUCAUGAUGUGUUGAAAAAGGAAGAAGAACCAACCAUGGUUGAAAUUAAAAGUAGUGGAAUAGGAAUGACACUUUCGACAGAAUCCAGAGGAGAACAACAACAUGUUGAACCAUGGGGAAAUGAAGACGAUCAUGACUCCAAUUGUUAUGAAUUUUUCACACACCAAUCGGCCAAUACUGUGAAGAGCUCUGAACAACAACAACAGAACCAUUUGGAACGAAAAAAGAUCCCUAAUGAAAAAAGAACAUGUCUUGAUGAAACAUCACAAGAAAAGCAAUUUCAGAAUUCCUCAAUUUCCAACAUGAAUGUAAAAUCUCAAGAACAUGUUCAAAAACAAAUCAGAAAGAGGAAAGAUCUACAACAAGUAUCCACAAUUAAUACGCACAACACUGUUGAAAGAGGUUAUAAUAGUAGCUCCAAACAUCACACUUUAUCAAGUAGUGGUAAUAAUAGAAUUGGAAAUUGCAAAGUAAUUCAUCAAAUUGAAGACUUGUUGGACAUUUUCCCAUCAACAAUCAAAACUAAAAUUCAAGAAAUUUGCAAGAAUCGAAUGGACCAAUUGGUAGAAAUUGUAAUGGACAAAGAAAGACCAUUUACUUUUUAUUUUUAUGGUGAGGAAUCAGAGCCAGUAUGUGACCAAGAUUUUAUCGCAAGUGGAGAUGACAUUAUUGAAUUGUGCCAGAAACUCCAUUUUGCAUCUGAUGAUCGAGCAGGUGUCGAUGGAACUUUACACAGAAUUUCAAGAAUUGAGAGUCGACAGAAGCAUCAACCUAUUGGUCUUACCAUUCGAGUUGGACGAGCGGUCAUUGGUUUAGGAAAUGUCUUUAAGGAUCUUCUUGAAAGUGACAAGAACAUUCUCUGUUUGGGUCAUCCAGGAAGUGGUAAAACAACAGCCAUUCGUGACAUUGCAAGAAUUCUCUCAGAACAACGUCGUGUCAUGAUUGUUGACACUUCAUGUGAAAUAGCUGGACUCGGUGACGUUCCUCAUCAAGCCGUCGGUCGUUCACGUCGCAUUCCAGUCAAAGAUAAGAAGAAACAAAAAGAGUACAUGAUCAAUGCAGUUCAAAAUCAUACUCCUCAAGUCAUUGUCAUUGAUGAAAUUGGAACGAGAGAAGAAGCAGCCACAGCUCGAACCAUUUCACAACGUGGCGUUCGAUUAGUUGCCUCUGCUCAUGGCUCUCUCGAAAGUAUGCUCAUGAAUCCAACGUUGUGUGAUUUAUUGGGUGGAGUUGAAACAGUCACUGUUGGAGAUGGUAUGGCUGCAUUUCGAAAUGGCCAAAAAGUGAUCAUGCAAACGAAAGGAAAUCCAAUUUUUCACACCGUCAUUGAAUUUGUGGAAAAGAAGAAUGAAGACUGCAGUUGGAUGGCAGUGCCUAAUGGUGGUCGUCAUGACCAAAAGAAGCAGCAGGAAUCGAGAGUCGAAUGGAGAAUUUAUACCGACGUCAAGAAUACGGUUCAAAAUAUUCUUCAAGGAAGAGAAUACACGGCACAAGUGAGACGAUUGAAACAUGACAAUGAUCCAAAUUCAGUGGAGAGUCGAGUCAUGACUUUCGAACCAGCCAAUGUGGUAUUUUUGUAA